AUGCUGGAACUUAAGAGAAAAAUUGGAAGGGGAUUGUACUACAAUAUGGUUAUUCCGAAAAAUUGGAAAAAAAUAGUCUUCAUGUUAGUGGUGGUACCCCCUACAUAUUAUGCGUACAACAAACGAAAUAGCAAGAAUGAGUUCGAGACAAUAAGAAAUAAUGACGAUAUAGAAAAAAUAAAAAUAAUGAAUAUUAACAACAUGUUCUCAUAUAUUCCUUUACUUAUGCUUACCAUUUAUGAUAAGUAUAUAUAUAAAAAUAAAAUAAUGAAAAAGAUUUAUUUUAAAUAUAGAACAACAAAAUGUAGUCAAGAUAGUUGUAAUGUUAUUAUAAACAUGUUAAGAGGGAGUGAAACUAAUUUAAAGUAUGAUUUUAUUUCAAAUGAAAAAAAUUUAUUUAAUAAAUUAUAUGUUUAUGAGAUGAUAUUAGAAAAAAGCAUUAAGUUUGCCAUCCUCUCUCCUCAAUUAAGUGUCUAUAUACUUCAGCAUUUGUCCGAAUACCUUGUUAAUAUGAACACAAAACUGUUUAAUGAAAGGGAUUUUACCCCACAACAUAAACAAAGGGAAAAAACAAAUAAAAGAAUGCUCUUUUUAUACUUGUUCAGAUUGGUUAGAGGCAUUCCGGGGGAAAGAAGUAGUCAUAAGGGAGCGAGUAGUCAUAGGAAGGAUAAGAACAGCACUCACAAUAGGGAAAUGCAUAUAUAUAACACGGAUAACAUUUAUGAAAGGUACAGUAUACAUAAAUUUCAACAAAUGAACAGGAAAAAAGUUAGGGGCGAAAAAGUGCGUAAUGGAGGAGACCGUAACAAUGAGGAGGACCAGGUGAGCUUGAACUUUUUGUACCUGCUCAACCAAGCAUAUGAUAAUGUUAACAGGGUUUGUCUAAAUACCAACACGAACAUUUACGUUAAUUUUUAUAUGAUUAACAUUUUAAAAUAUAUCUGUUACAGAAAUUAUCGAAACGUGCUUACGAAUGAUAUACAUUUUGAAGAGUUAUGCAGAAGAAACUCGAAAAAAAGUUUGAUUGAGCAUAUUUAUUUUUAUUUCUUUAACAGAAAAAAUGAGUAUAAAAAGGACAGAGAAGAUUUAAAUGAAAAAAUCCUUUUUUAUCAUAAUCCUUAUGUUACUACUAUUCCUAUAGAAUACAACAACAUUUCGAAUGGUAUUGAUUAUAGUGGGAGUAGCAACGAAAGACGUGUAACAUGUAGUAACUCAGAGAAGGGGAGUGGAACCUCCACGGAAGUAGAAAUAAUAAACAGUUCAUUUUUUAAGUGGAAUCCAUUCACUAGUUUGAAUAUGAAGAGGAAAGUGCAAAUUGACAGCAUGCCGGAAGAAGCGAACAUGAACAAAAGUAGUGUUAGUAAGUCUUUUCCCUGUGAUGGUAGGACGACAGAAAAGGCGGGUGGCUGGUGGGGCAACGGAAGACGCCAGUGGGACUUAGGAAUGAGUAGUAAUAGUUUCGAAAGAGGAAGAAAAAAUAAAAUGCAAACAGAUGAAGAAGUGGAAGUAGAAGCAAUGGAAGUAGAAGCAAUGGAAGUAGAAGCAAUGGAAGUAGAAGCAAUGGAAGAAGAAGCAAUGGAAGAAGAAGCAAUGGAAGAAGAAGCAAUGGAAGAAGAAGCAAUGGAAGAAGAAGCAAUGGAAGAAGAAGAAGUUAACGUGGUGGAAAACAUGCAGAAAAAGCUACUGAAAGAUCGAAAGAGAAUUUACGAGAUUAAACUCAUGAACGAUUUGUACCUAGUACUGUUCCUAAGGCUACUAUUCGAAUGCUCUGUAAAAAUGUUGAGUAUUAAAAAGAAUUUAUAUCUGCUGGAAAAGAAAAAGCAGUUUGAUAGAGAAAAUCGAAUAAUAUAUAUGAACACGGCAGAUGCGAUAAACAACUUGAAGGGAAAUUAUUUAAAAAGAAUGCGCAUGACAGAGGGCAAAAGGAGGCACAGCCUUUUCUUUCGCCCCUACGGAAGAUCAAAAUGGGGAUGUAUUAGCGAUAUUAGCGUUAGCGGUGGUGGUAGAAGUAGUAGCGGUGGUGGUAGAAGUAGUAGCGGUGGUGGUAGAAGUAGUAGCGGGGGUGGUAGUAGUGACAGUGGAACGGCCUGCUUAACUGCAAAAGAUGCAUUCGUAUUUUUGAAAUAUGUGAAGAAGGGUAAUGGUACAUGCGAAAUGAUGAAGUGCUCAGCAAAUGGCAGUGAUGCUUAUUCUGCUCUGUUUUACCCGAAUGAAGAGGAUUUCAAAAAAGGAAUAGAAACGAGGGGUACAAUAGGUAGACCCUAUAUGAGUGUUAGUAGCGAAGGAAAGAUUAAAUUCCUUCUCUCGUCGUAUGUACAUAAAUUAUUAAGGAAAAAAAAUGAAUGGAUUAAUAUGUUCAUUUCAGAAUGGAAAAGAAUACUUGAUAAACAUAUACAAAAAGUACAUAGUUAUGUAGAUGAUAAGGUACACAAAAUAAAAAAAAAAAUUAAUUAUUUAAUCUUUAAUAUGGAUGAGGCUUUAAUAAAUGUAUACCAUAACAUAAUUCAUGAAAAGAAUAUAAAUAAAAUCAAAAUACACUUGAACAAUUGUAAAGAAAAAGAUAUUGAUCUAAAAAAAUUUGAAGACAUAUACUCAUCCAUGGUUACUAACUUGAAUAACAUUCUUUCAUUUGUCUAUGCAUGUGAUCAUCAGAAAGGGGCUUACAAAAUUUUAAAUCUAUAUCAAAAUAAUAUAUUCUAUGAAUACAAUUACUUGAAUGAAUACCAGAACAGCUUUUAUAAAAACCACGUAAAGAAAUACUUGUGCUACUUUGAAGAUAAUUUUUUAUUCCAUUUGUAUGGAAGUGGAGUUGGGAAUAACGUGGAAGACACACCAGGGAUUACCACUGCACUUGCUGCUACACCAGAUGGGAACGUUCUCCCAGGGUUCAGCACGAACGAUCGAAGUAGCUACAAAAACAUAGAGCAUGUUUUCCACUACUGCAAGAAUGACAUACACCUGUUGCUGUUUCUAUACUGCCAACGUAUUAGAAAUUGCUUUUACAUAUUUACAUAUAUAUAUAAAAAAUACAAUUUAAAAAAAAAUUAUGGUUUGAAGUAUAUGUUUUAUAAACUACAUUUUUUUAUUUUAUCGAAUAAAAGGUCUUCGAUCUUUUUGGGAGAUUUCCCAUAUCUUGUUUCUAAUAACAAUCUUUUUACAGCCUUUUCUUUUUUUUAUUUUUUAUGUUCAUAUGUAUAUUUCUUAUGUUUCCUAGUUCAUCAAACCACUACUUUUUAUCCUUGCAUCAAUUACUUUAACGUAUUUGCUCAACGGGGUAUGUAUAUCUACCUGUACAAAUUAUGCAGCAACGUUAGGAACCUCCACAGUUAA